CUCUUCUCAGCCUCUUCUCAAGCCCGAGUAAUGCAUACAUUAUUUCAUCUCUCCACCCUGAAGAAGGGGUCCGAUUCUAUUGCGGUGUAUUAUCGCCGUGCCAAGUUAUUAGUGGAUACAUUGGGAAUGGUUGGGAAAGUUAUUUCUCCGUCCGAGUUUAUUGUCUACCUACUCGCCGGUCUUGGCAUCGACUACGACUCCAUCGUCACCUCGAUUACAACUCGUGCAGACACUCCUUCUCUAGCUCAAGUGUAUUCUCACUUACUCACCCAUGAAUCUCGUCUCAGCCAUCAGCUCACUAAUCUCACUUCUACAGCAGAGAUCUCGGCCAAUUCCUCUGUCCGCCAGUCCCCUAAUUCCUUUUCAAGGGGACGUGGUUUUCACAGAGGUCGUUCUGGUCACCGUGGUCGAGGUGGUCGAUCUAAUUUCGGUGGUCGUUCCCCUUCUCAACACACUGCUCCAUUCACCUCCGAUAGGCCUUGUUGUCAAGUCUGCCACAAAUUUGGCCUUACCGCCGCCAUUUGCCAUCAUCGUUUCGACUACAACUAUCAAUCACCAUCUCCGCCACAGUUAUUGGCACACUAUACUUCUCGUUCAAAUUAUUCCACCGUCUCUGAUCCCUCUUGGUUUCCGGAUACCGCCGCUACUCACCACUUCACCAAUGAUUUCUCGAAUCUCUCUCUUUACCCCACCGAAUACAAAGGUACUGAUCAAGUCCACAUCGGCGAUGGCUCUGGGCUUCCAAUACAUCAUGUUGGCAGCUCCAACCUCCCCUCACCCAAUGGAUACUCGAACGCGGAAACUCCUCCUUCAAGGUCGCACUAAAGAUGGGCUGUACGUUUUCCCAUCUCCUCCUCCUCAAGUUA